AUGAAAUUAUUGAAAAUAACCAUAAUUGUAAAUCUUUUAUGCACUCAGCACGUGUUCAAAACGAUGAAGAAAAGUAAGAAAAGAAGAAAAAAAAACAACACCAAGAGCAAUUGCCCUUUAGUUGCUUCAAAAGAUGAUUGCCAAAGAUUUAUGCAAAAACACUCAACAGGAGCUUUAAAACUUCAGGCUAAACAAUUGACUUUGAAAGACACUUAUGCAUGUACUCACAAAGUACGAGAUCAUCAGUUUAGUUGGGUUUCCAUCGUUUAUAAAAGUCUUUUGAAUGUUACGAUGUGA